UGAUGUAGUAGGUCUGACAAACUGCACCGUGUGAAGUCUGGGUGGUUAUAACAGUGUGACAGCAGGAAACAAAAACACUCGCUGGAUCACAAUAAGAGACAGAGGGCUGAAUGCAAAUAUGCUUAAAGCUCAGUGUGUGACUGUGGCCCUGGUCUUAUGGCUAAAAGGUUCCUUUUCCCAACUCAGUGUAUGUGGUCGUGCACCACUUAACAUCCAUUCUGUGGAUGGACUGAGUGCUUCAGAGGGGGCGUGGCCAUGGCAGGUUAGUUUACAGAGGCCUGGUAAACAUCGUGGCCAUUUCUGUGGAGGAUCCCUCAUCAACAAAGAAUGGGUUCUGACCGCAGCCCGCUGUUUCUCCAGGACUAGACAUUCUAAAGUUACUGUAUAUUUGGGGAAACAGACUUUCAAUGGUUCCAAUCCAAAUCAGAUUACCAGACACAUUAAAGAGCUGAUCGUUCACCCAAACUACAACUGCACAACCAAUAACAAUGACAUCGCACUUCUGCGGCUGCACUCUUCCGUCACCUUCUCUGACUACAUCAGACCAGUGUGCCUGGCUGGACAAAACAGCAGUUUUCCUGAUGGCACCAUAAGCUGGAGCACAGGCUGGGGGAGCGUCAACACUGCAGUGCCUUCACCCAGUGUGCUGCAGGAGACGAUGGCGCCCAUUAUUAAUGCAGUUUUUUGUGAUUUUCUACUAAAACCCGAGCCCAUUACUACAAACAUGAUAUGUGCCGGGUAUCUACACGGGGACCCGGAAAUCUGUCAGGCAGAUUUUGGAGGUCCAAUGGUGACCAAGCUGGGUGCAGCCUGGAUUCAAACUGGUAUCACUAGCUGGGGUAAGGGCUGUACACAGCACAGCUCACCCAGUGUUUACACUCUGAUAUCCCAGUACCAGAUCUGGAUCUCCAACAUCAUCAAAAAAAACCUUCCUGGAUUUGUCAGGUACUGAUGCAGCCAAAGAACCAGUGGUUCUACUGAUUGACCAAGCAGGAUAAACACAUUUUAAUUUAACAAAAUGUAUUAUUUUUCAUGACGUAUAUUUUUUUUGCUCAUAUUUAGAAAUUUUUCAUUUUUUUGUCUAUAUUUAUAUUUAUGUGUCUCUUUUUUUACUGGAGGUGAAAAUAAAAUAAAAGAUAUAUAGUUGUUACAGCUGUUAGGAAGUGUUGUACUAAUAAUAUAAUCUGCUUAAUAAACAUUAUUAAAAUGAUGACUC